GAGGCCCGUUCCUUCUUUUUAAGAGUAUGUAGAGAAGCCCUUGAAGCUGGUCCUCAAAGUGGGAGGGAACGAAGUCACCGAGCUCUCCACGGGCAGCUCCGGGCACGACUCCAGCCUUUUCGAAGACAAAAACGAUCAUGACAAACACAAGGACAGAAAGCGGAAAAAGAGAAAGAAAGGAGAGAAGCAGGUUCCAGGUGAAGAAAAGGGGAGAAAACGGAGACGAGUAAAGGAGGAUAAAAAGAAGCGAGAUCGUGACCAUGUGGACAGUGAGGCAGAAAAAGAACUCCAGUGUCAGGCUCCUGUAGGAUUAGACUUGCCUCCUGAGAAGCCUCUUGCAAGCUCUUUAGCGAAACAAGAAGAAGUAGAACAGACACCCCUUCAAGAAGCUUUGAAUCAACUGAUGAGACAAUUACAGAGAAAAGACCCAAGUGCUUUCUUUUCAUUUCCUGUGACUGAUUUUAUUGCUCCUGGCUACUCCAUGAUCAUUAAACACCCAAUGGAUUUUAGUACCAUGAAAGAAAAGAUCAAGAACAAUGAUUACCAGUCCAUAGAAGAACUAAAGGAUAACUUCAAACUAAUGUGUACUAAUGCUAUGAUUUACAAUAAACCAGAGACCAUUUAUUAUAAAGCUGCAAAGAAGCUAUUGCACUCAGGGAUGAAAAUUCUUAGCCAGGAGAGAAUUCAGAGCCUGAAGCAGAGCAUAGACUUCAUGGCAGACUUGCAGAAAAGUCGAAAGCAGAAAGAUAAAACAGACACGUCUCAGAGUGGGGAGGACAGCAGCUGCUGGCAGAGAGAGAGGGAAGACUCCGGAGACGCUGAGGCACCAGCCUUCAAGAGCCCCAAUAAGGAAAAUAAAAAGAAAGACAAAGAUGUACUUGAAGAUAAAUUUAAAAGCAACAAUUUAGAAAGAGAGCAGGAGCAGAUUGACCGCAUUGUUAAGGAAUCUGGAGGAAAGCUGACCAGGCGGCUUGCUAAUAGUCAGUGUGAAUUUGAAAGGAGGAAACCAGAUGGAACAACAACACUGGGUCUCCUGCAUCCUGUGGAUCCUGUUGUAGGAGAACCAGGCUACUGCCCCGUGAGACUGGGGAUGACGACUGGAAGACUUCAGUCUGGAGUGAAUACUUUGCAGGGGUUCAAAGAAGAUAAAAGGAACAAAGUAACUCCAGUGUUAUAUUUGAAUUAUGGACCCUACAGUUCUUAUGCACCACAUUAUGACUCCACAUUUGCAAAUAUCAGCAAGGACGAUUCUGAUUUAAUCUAUUCAACGUAUGGGGAAGACUCUGAGCUCCCGAGCGAUUUCAGCAUCCAUGAGUUUUUGGCCACAUGCCAAGAUUAUCCAUAUGUCAUGGCAGAUGGUUUACUGGAUGUCUUAACAAAAGGAGGACAUUCUAGAACCCUGCAAGAGUCGGAGAUGUCAUCACCUGAAGAUGAAGUCCAGGCUGGGACACUUGACACAGCAAAAGAAAUGGAGCAGGUUACAGAAAUUGAGCCACCAGGGCGUUUAGACCCCAGUAAUCAGGACAGGCUCACAGCGCUGAAAGCAGUAACAAACUUUGGAGCUCCAGUUGAAGUCUUUGACUCUGAAGAAGCUGAAGUGUUCCAGAGGAAACUUGACGAGACCACCAAACUGCUCCGGGAGCUCCAGGAAGCCCAGAAUGAGCGCCUGAGCACAAGACCCCCUCCCAACAUGAUCUGUCUCUUGGGUCCCUCAUACAGAGAAAUGCAUCUCGCUGAACAAGUGACCAAUAACCUUAAAGAACUUGCACAGCAAGUGACUCCAGGUGAUAUUGUAAGCACGUACGGAGUCCGAAAAGCGAUGGGGAUUUCCGUCCCUGCCCCGGUCACUGAGAACAACUUUGUAGAUUUAACAGAAGGUUUUGAAGAACCUGAAAAGACUGAUGUUACUGAGUGUGGACCUGAUGGGAUUUGAAGCUAACUGGUAUUUGAGUAAAUAUUAUGUAUAUAUUUUUUUCAUUCUUAACUUGGACAUGCUUUUCAGAAGAUAUUAAAUAUUUGUAAAUUGUGUUUUUAAUUAAACUCUGGAACAGUUAAUUUUAAUGUUCCAGAGGUUGGACUUCUGUCAGAUAAUAAAGCUGAACCUGGGGCUG